UCGAGGUGCUGUAUCAGUUUGAGUUCUUCUCUGAACUGUUGAAAGAUCUGGGAGCUGAGAUUGCCCUGUCCAUGCCUGUGAGCACCAUUAAGAAGUUCCCCAAAGAUAUGAUGGACACUCUCAGGAGGAUGAUCAUUCAGGAGCCUCAGCACUUCCUCAUGCUAGCUAGAACCAAACAGGAGCUGCUGGUGGACAAAGUGGUUCAGAGGAUGGGCAUGUACACAGGUGUGUUCACUGAGGAGGAGUUUAUUUCACUGGGCAUCAUGGCACCAUUUGUGGUGGAUGAAGUUCUCAUUCAGCUCGACCGCAGCUUCUUCACUGAAAAUCUGGAUUAUCUCCAGGGGCUCUGCUACAGCAGCGGCAAGAUGAACAUUGUGGCUCGUAUCCUGCAAGAUCCUGCCGCCUUUGGUCCAGCCAAACACUGGAACAAGACCACAGUGAGUCAGGUGGAUCGCUUCCUCUUCUUCCUGCCUGAGGACAAACUGCAGGAGAUUCCUCUUGAUCUGAUGACAGUGGGCUGUAUAGAGAAGCUGUUCAUGAGCCAGCGGCAGUGGGAACGCGGGGAUGUUGGGAGCCACUGUUUAAACGAGAACGAUAAGAGGAGAGUUUUUGAGAAGCAGCAGUUUGUCCUCCAGUUUUUCCUCGGCUUCCUCAAAAUAAAUCCUUUGUCACCGGCUCCCAUGGUUCCUACCUGUGAAAUCCUGCACACUACAGCUCCCUCUGCCUGGACCUCCAGCAGUCUGAUCAGCAUGACUACAUCAGCCUUCUCCAACUGUCUGGAGCUUAUGGGUCAGGACCCAUUCCUUGCAUCCUACCAGCGCAGCCAGGUGCUGAGGAAAGUCAAACAGAUAUACGGCCCUGUCUCGUCCUUCUCUCAGUCUCUGAUCACCCAGCUGGGCUGGAUAGCGACAGAGCUCUCCGUGGAGGAGCUGAGCAGCCUCAGACUGACUGAGCGUAGGAGUAUCGCUGCUAUGGGUGCUAUCAGUGUAUGGACCAACAGACAGCUUGCUGCACUGUUUAGCGCCAUUUUAAACUCCACCAAGCAAAGUCCAAGCCAGCUGGACUAUAGCACACUAGGGGCCAUGGGAUACAUUGUGUGCGGAGCUAAAACCACUGACAUAAAUGUGUUCAAUGCUGUAGAGUUCAGUAAGGCGGUGCUCCAGCUGGGUCAGCUAAAGUUAUCCUGCUCUGAGGAGCAGCUACUGGCUUUCAUCGAGCUGCUAACUCACAGCUUCGCUUUUGGACCCACAAGUUCAUGGGGAACUGACGUUUUCAUUGAGAUCGGAGUUCUGGCAGCUGGUAUCCCUGACAUGGCUAUGUCAGCGUUGGUGAAAAUGCAAAUUGAAGGAAUCAUACCUGUGGCUAUCUCCAUGAUACCAGCUGACAAGUUUGCUGUGGUGUUUAACCAGAAACACAUCAGCAUGUUCUUUUAUGAGCAGGCUGCUGCUGUGACCGAAGAGCAGCUCUCUAAGAUGUCAGAUGUUCAGAAGACAGCUCUAUCUCUGGUGCUGACACCCUGGGAGGCAAGGCCUGUAGACUUCAGAGGGAAGUCACUGGGGUUGGCACUGAGCCACAGCCGCCUGUGUCUCACACUGGGACUGCUGAUGCUGCUGAUCAUCCUGCCCUGACCUGAUCUGCCCUGCAAUAUGACCCCACUCACCCCUGCUGGAUCAGGAGACACAUCCUCAUCCUCAUAACAAGGAUCACAUUUAUCUGUGCAAUAUCAAGCAGCACUUCAACAUGUCUUUAUACUGAAUUGAAUGAGAUUUUUAAUUUACUUUGUAUUACAACCAUACAUUUCUACACUAUAGACUAAAAAGUGAGCCCACAUUGGUUUAUUUAUUUACCUGUUUAUUUAUUUAUAUUUUUAUGUAUUAUUUUUUACUAUUUAUUUUAAUAAACUUGCAUAAACCCAUCCUGUCCUUCAACCCAUCCCUAACCUUCUCAGGGAGUAAAACCAAACCCACAAAAACAGUCCUAAGACUUGCAAGAUUUAAAAACAGUUACUAGAAAUCUGUUGUGUUGCAAAUCUAAAAAGUAACACAUACAUAUAUAUAUAUUAAUUUAUUUAAAGUUAUAUAUUUUUGUGAAAUGAUACAAUAUUUUUGUCAGAGUAAGAGCAGAAAUGUUUGCUACAUUUAUAUUUUUGUUGUGAGUAAUAAUAGUAAGAUCACAUUGUAUUAGUAUUGAUCAUGUGCAGUCUAUUUUUGCUGUGAGUUUUGUAUUGUUGUGCACACUUUCUGGUGUGAUGAAUGAAGUCCUAUAUUAUCAAA